AUGUCGACUGUCGAUCACAAGAACCCCGGAUCUCAGGACCUCGCUCCUCAGUACGAGGAUCUCUUUGCGGAGCCCUCGUCCAAGCCGAUUACGGGAUAUGCCCGUGUUUCCCAGAAUGAUGAUCACGGCGAUGUGGAAGGUCAGGCGCACGAGCACGACGGCUCCCCGGGCGCGAUCAAGCUAGACACCUCGAUUGUAGGAAGAGGUGAUGGAUUGGCACCGCAUAUCCACUGCGAGGUCUGUGAUCGACGUUUGGAUCGGCGGGAGAGGCGGCGCAGUCAGGCCCAUUGCUGCCGUGCGGUAUCGGCGACCUUUGUUCUCCUGGCGCUGUUCCUCAUGAUUUUUGGGAUCGUCGCGAUGGUAGUCACCCACAAGCGGAGAUAUUAG